AUGGCCUCUAUUCAGUCAGCGCCGAAUAUGGCGUCAGCCAAUGGCGCCAAUUCUGCACAGGGCGCGAACCCAUUGCAAAACUUGACUGGCGACCAAGUCAAAGACAUCCUUCACAAACUCCGUCAGAUGAAAACACACAUGGAUGCCAAGGGUAUCCGUGUUGACGACCUCCCCACCGAUAAAAAAGAAACUUACAAGUACUUCCUUUCGGUUUACGUACAAGUCAUGGCUUACCAGCAAAAAAAAGCUGCCGCCGCCAAUGGUGCUCAGGGCCAGAACCCCUCGAUCCCACCCAACGCUGGACUUCAGCAAGUUCAGCCCCAGAUGCCUGUCCAGAAAAGUGCAACGCUCGGAAAUGGACCGUGGAGCAAGGCACAAUACGAACUCUACCGACACCAACAGCUUUUGCAUGAAAAGGCGAAGAACAAUCAAUCCCUGACUCCAGCCGACAUGCAAAGCCUGCAGGAAUUUACAUCCGUGGUCGCCCCAUCCCGGCCGAGGAUGGUUGCUGCAGCAGAGAAGAUUGUCAACGACGCCGAGAAAGGCUCGGUCGAGCCAGCUGCGAACAACGGCGAUGUUCCUCCCGAAAAGACAUGGUACAGCACCCUCGAACAACCAGAUAUUCUGCGCCAGCAAGUCAACUAUCACAAAUAUCGCAUUCGCCGAAACCGGCCCACAGUACCAGCUUCUUGGCCUUAUGGUCUUGAUCUGCAGGAAAUUCGUGCGCGCCGUCAAGAGGUCGUUGGCCAUCAAAUGGCUAGCCGGCGAGCUGAGCUUGCUGAAAUGUCGGCUUCUGUCGGUGUUUGGGACACUGCCAAUAAUGACACGCCCUCCCGCGACGAUUCGAUGAAGAUCCGCAUUUUCAAUGAGCUUGCGGCGUUGGAUAAAUACUCCAGGCAGCAACGGCUUCGGGACGUCGUCUCUCGUGAGAUGUUCCAAUAUAGCCAAGGAAUGACUGCUAAUCGUUCCGUUCAUCGUCGUCUGAAGAAGCCCUCGCUUCGUGAAGCUCGGGUUACUGAGAAUCUCGAGAAGCAACAGCGUGAUGCCCGCGAGACUCGGGAGAAGAAGAAGCAGUUCGACCAGAUCCAGGCCAUCCUUACCCAUGGCGCUGAGCUCAUGAGCCACUCAGCUGGCGCCCGUUCUCGAUCCCAGAAACUUGGCCGGAUGAUGGUUCAGCAUCACCAGCAUAUGGAGCGCGAAGAGCAGCGACGUGUGGAGCGCACUGCCAAGCAACGUCUCCAAGCUCUUAAGGCUAACGAUGAGGAGACAUACCUGAAGCUUCUUGGCCAGGCCAAGGAUUCUCGUAUCUCACACUUGCUGAACCAGACCGACAAGUUCUUGAAAGAAUUGGCUGCAUCAGUUAGACGACAACAACGCAACCAGGCCGAGCGCUACGGCGAAGAUGAAGAAAUGGAAGAAGAGGAGGAAGAAGAUGAAGAGAUCGCCAACAGUGAGAUUGAUGAGGCUGAUCAAGAUCCCAACAAGAAGACCAUUGAUUACUACGCUGUGGCUCAUCGCAUCAGGGAGGAGGUUACAGAACAGCCCAGCAUCCUGGUCGGUGGCCAAUUGAAGGAGUACCAGAUCAAGGGUCUCCAGUGGAUGAUUUCCUUGUACAACAACAACCUGAAUGGUAUCUUGGCAGACGAGAUGGGUCUUGGAAAGACCAUUCAGACCAUCAGUUUGAUCACCCAUAUCAUCGAAAAGAAGAGGAACAACGGUCCCUUCUUGGUUAUUGUGCCCCUCAGUACCCUCACCAACUGGAACAUUGAGUUCGAUAAAUGGGCCCCAUCGGUUGUCAAGGUCGUGUACAAGGGACCCCCGAAUGCACGAAAGCAACAACAACAGCAGAUUCGUUGGGGUAACUUCCAGGUCCUUCUGACUACUUACGAGUACAUCAUCAAGGACCGACCCAUCCUCAGCAAAAUCAAGUGGACUCAUAUGAUCGUCGAUGAAGGUCACCGUAUGAAGAACGCCAACUCCAAGCUGAGCAGCACUCUUUCGUCGUACUACAACAGCAGAUACCGUCUUAUUCUGACUGGUACCCCCUUGCAAAACAAUUUGCCUGAACUGUGGGCUCUUUUGAACUUUGUUCUCCCCAAUAUUUUCAAAUCUGUGAAGUCGUUCGAUGAAUGGUUCAACACACCGUUUGCCAACACUGGUGGCCAGGACCGCAUGGACUUGAGCGAAGAAGAACAGUUGCUUGUGAUUCGUCGUUUGCACAAGGUUCUCCGUCCAUUCUUGCUGCGUCGUUUGAAGAAGGACGUCGAGAAAGAUUUGCCCGACAAGCAAGAGCGCGUUGUCAAGUGUCGUUUCUCCGCCUUGCAAGCCAAGUUGUAUAAGCAACUUGUCACUCACAACAAGAUUGCUGUUGGCGACGGCAAGGGUGGAAAGACUGGUAUGCGUGGUCUCAGCAACAUGCUUAUGCAGCUGCGGAAACUUUGCAACCAUCCCUUCGUCUUCGAGCCCGUUGAAGAUCAGAUGAACCCUGCUCGGACUACCAACGACCUUCUUUGGCGAACGGCAGGUAAAUUCGAGUUGCUGGAUCGUAUCCUGCCCAAGUUCCGUGCCACUGGUCACCGUGUCUUGAUGUUCUUCCAGAUGACUCAAAUCAUGAACAUCAUGGAGGAUUUCCUGCGCAUGCGCGGCCUCAAGUACCUUCGUCUGGACGGUUCCACCAAAUCCGAUGAUCGAUCAGACCUCUUGAAGGUUUUCAAUGAGCCCGGUUCCGAUUACUUCUGCUUCUUGCUUUCCACCCGUGCUGGUGGUCUAGGUCUUAACCUGCAGACCGCCGAUACUGUCAUUAUCUAUGAUUCCGAUUGGAAUCCUCACCAGGAUUUGCAAGCCCAAGAUCGUGCUCACCGUAUCGGUCAAAAGAACGAAGUUCGAAUUUUGAGACUCAUCAGUUCCAAUUCCGUCGAGGAGAAGAUUUUGGAACGCGCUCAGUUCAAGCUUGACAUGGAUGGCAAGGUCAUUCAAGCCGGAAAGUUCGAUAACAAGUCAACCAACGAGGAGCGUGAUGCUCUUCUUCGGACCCUUCUGGAUACUGCGGAAGCUGCAGAUCAAGUGGGCGAACAAGACGAAAUGGAUGAUGAUGAUCUGAACGAAAUCAUGGCUCGUUCUGAGGAUGAGAUCAAGAUUUUCCAAGAAAUGGACCAGGCGCGACUGGCCAGCGACAAGUAUGGCCCCGGCAAGCGUUUCCCCCGUCUCAUGUGCGAGGAUGAGCUACCGGAUAUCUAUCUGCAAGAGGAUAAUCCUAUCACCGAGGAAGUCGAGGCCGAGGUUUAUGGCCGUGGUGCUCGUGAACGCAAGAUCACCCGAUAUGAUGAUGGUCUAUCUGAGCAGCAGUUCUUAGAUGCGAUGGAGGGCCUCGAAGAGGGUCGACUCACUCUGGAGCAAGUUAUUGAGAAGAACGAGCGCCGGGCCGCUGAACGUGCAGCCAGGAAGGAUAAGAAGCACAAGAAAGCAUCAGGAGCCGAUGUCGAUUCUUCUCCAGAACCCGAGCCCGAACCGUCUAUUGCCGAUGAAGAAGAGACCCCUCAGCGAAAGCAGGGUCGUCGUCGUGGUCCUCCACCCAAGCGCAAGGCCGAGGAGCCGCCCAUCGAAGAAAACCCACAGCCUAAGCGCAAGAGAGGCCGCCAACCAAAGACUCCCGAAACUUUGAGUAGUUCCGACCGUGCCAUCUUGACCCGCAUCGUUUCCAGCACCAUCCAAUCCCUGAAGGAGAUGGAACAGGAAAUCCCAGCUGAGGGCUCUGAUAGCGAGGAAGGUCCCCUUCUACGUGCCAUAAUUGAGCCGUUCAUGAAGCCUCCACCGAAGACAACGUACCCUGAUUACUACAUGAUUAUCAAGAAUCCCAUCGCGAUGGAUCAGAUUGAAAAGAAGUUGAAGCGCGAUGAUUACCAGAGCUUGAGGGAGUUCAGGAACGAUAUUCACCUGCUCUGCCAGAACGCUCGAACUUACAACGAAGAUGGCAGUAUCUUGUUCCAGGAUGCAAAUGACAUCGAGGGCAAAUGCUUGAUGGAAUUAAGGAAGCAGACCGAGGGUCACCCUCAGUUUGCCAAUUUUGAUGAUCCUGGCUCGGUCGCUGGCGACGGUCAGUCGACUGGCGCCGACACCCCCUUGACUGCCGGCACCCCUGGAGCCCAGCCCAAGCUUAAGCUUACCUUCAACAACUCCAAUUUUGACAAUGCUAGCACCGCAAACGGUACUGAUUUCAGUCUUGAUGAAGAGUAA